AUUUGUCAGGAAUCGACUAUCUACCCGAGGGAAAGAUCGACGCCAACAAAUGUCAACUUUGGUGCAUCCCUGUGUCGUAUCAAGGACACGCCAGGGCAAUCGUCAUAAACAUCAAGGAUGCCUGCUUCGAAUACCUGGACAGUUGCCGCGGCAGCAAGGAGGAACCAUUCUCGAAUGUUGAAACCGUGUGCAGAAGAAUCUUGAACCCGGU